AUGAAGCGUCGUACGCCUCUACCGACCAAUGGCGGGACGAAGAAGGCCAGAAGCUCUUUAGGUGGUUCCUCAAAUGGCACUUCCGCGGGAGCUUCCGCGGAACAUGAAAAAUCGAAUGGAAGAACGAACCAACCGACCAGAGCAUAUAGAGCUUGCGAUUACUGUCGAAAACAGAAAACUAGGUGCUUCAGGAGCUCUCCAGCUGCUGUUUGCUGCUUGAGAUGUUUAAGUGUGGGCAUUCAAUGUUCGUUUGAGGCAGACUAUAAGUCGGCAAAUCCCGGGGUCAAGAUCAUUGGCGGUGUUCCAGAACACUUACAUGGGGACCAGAAAGUCGAGGUUAUUCCGGGAAAUAACGACAACUACACUAGGGUGGACUCGGUGGACCAUGGGUCGGCGAAGAAACUCGACUUCAUAUGUGGAUCAGUGACGAGGAUCUUGGAGCUCUUGCAAGCACAGAAAGGAGCCGCUCAAUCACCAAGCCUGUCAAUUCUUAAUAGUGAUGUCAAGUUGCUUUUAGAUGCUGCUUCCACAAUGAAGGACCAUCCUACACCUCAAAGUGACUUUCAGGUACCACCGCUGAUGCUGCCUACAACAGUAGUCGAGGCUCUUGCAACGCACGAAACAACACCUAUUGAAGAAGAAUCACCUCAAGUUAUUCUUGGUCCGUCAAAGUCGUUUUCUACUUCGCCUUUUCAUAUGCUAGGGGACAAAACGGAUGCUGUUUCGAGACCCAUACAGAACCUUCUAAAGCUAAAGGGCUCACAAGGCCAGCCAGCCAUUGUACUGAGUGAUGGUGAUAUUAUUGAAACUGGCGUUCUCACCAACUUGGAGGUAAUUGAUCUCAUGAAUGACUUUCGAAGUAACUACGGCCGGUGGGUCCUGUUUCCUAGCGACAUGUCGACUACCGAGUUAGUGGAUAGCGUCAGAAAGAAAUCUUCACUCUUGAUCACAACAUGCUGUUGUUUGUCGUUGCGUUAUUCACUCAAUGGGAAACCCAAUCCUGGUGAUGUCGACAGUCACCGAAGAAAGAAGGUCACAUAUAAGUUGCUUAUUCGCCAUUUACUAAGGGACCUCAACAAAGUCUUGCUUAAACUAGCUUGUUUCCAAGGCUGUGGAGACUCCAAGGGCGAUAUUGAAAAUCUCCAAGCGAUGGUGAUCUUGUCUAUAUACUCCAUGUCAUUAUCUUCCAUUGCUUGCAGUACAGUGGAUGGAGAUCCUCUUCUUGACGACGAGGUAAGCAUCAAAGAGCUUAACAUGGACUCCUGGAGCCUUUCUGGAACUGCGCUCACAACAUUCAUUUCUAAAUCUAACUUUGGGACAUUGCUACACAGAGCAGAAGACGAAACCCCAAAUUUUACAUUCCUUUUUAACCUGUUUGACUCAACCGAGUAUCAAACAUUGACGAUGUUCCGCAUUUACAACCAUCUUAUCCUCAACCAUUUGGCAAGCUGUAUCUUUAGUGGCCGCAUGUGCAUUGUCGACCAGAUAAGACUUAGCCAUUGCAAUCUUGCUUUGAGUCUUCCCAGUGCCACUAACUUUGACGGGAGAAUGGUAAGCGAAAUCGGAAUUCUUCUAAUUGCAUACAACUACAUCCAACUUGGCAGCAAUGGCGCUCCGGCAAAUGACCUUGAACAGGUGGAAGGGUCGUUUAAAAUUGUCCAAGAAGAGAUAAAAAGCUGGUACGAACAAUGGGAAUACUUAUUCUCACAACCGGCCAUAUCAUUUGUCGAAUCAACCCACUCCUUCUGUUGUAUUUUGGUCCAUUUGGGUUAUGCGUACGAAAAAGCUGGUGUCAUGUCCAAGAGAAACAGUCUAUCAGAGCCUAACGUUCCAGACAGGUUACUAGGGGCUCUUGCUGACUGUGACAGAACGUCCAUAUGCCAGGUCAUCGGCAGUGCUUAUUAUCUUGUGAGUUUUUCUAUUAAGAUACAAAACGACUCAUACUAUGCGUAUUUGUCGGACCAAAUCCACUUUUUCUUCUAUUUUGGAUGUAUGGUUUUGCUUAAAGCGCUAAGCCAUCUCAAGUCAAUCGAUAAGCUCCAUUAUUUGAACGACUUGGAUGACCAGGACGAGCUCAACGAGCAAACGUGGAAGGAAGCGUUGGUAAAAUCCCGCAAGCUCGUCGACAAGUUGACCAGAAUAUGCCAGGACAACACAGACGACUUGCUCACGAGCUACAGGGACAGCCUUGUGGGCGUGAUGGAACAGGACUUCCCAAAUGAAUUGAAGUAA